AUGUGGUGUUCCAAGAUAAGGCAAGCACUUGCUAAUUCGAGUCCACAAGCAGGAAACGUGAUACAUACAUUUCCUUUCAGGCAAACAACACAGUUCCCUGGCAGCACGGAAGUAUUGCUUCAACUGCUAAAUCUCAAACAUUCAGAAACCCAUUGCUCCUCUGUGGACAUACAAUUCUGUAUUUGUUAUUUGGAUGUUAUGGAUAGAAACAGUACUUUCUCUCCAAUCACAUGGCCACCAAAGUUUUGGGAACAGAUAACAAUAGCCUUCACGGUGUCCAUGGUGAUCGGACUGGUGAUUGGAGGUAUUAUCUGGGCAUUGUUUACGUGCUUGUCCCGUCGCAGAGCUAGUGCCCACAUUUCCCAGGGGAACUCCUCAACCUUCAGCUGUCGGUCCAGACCCUCCUCCCGUGGCAAUACUACUGGCAGGACUGGAUUUUAUCGCAACAGCAGCUGUGAACGUCGGAGCAACCUCAGCCUGGCCAGCCUCACCUUCCAGCGGCAAGCGUCCUUGGAGCAGGCCAACUCUUUCCCCAGGAAGUCAAGCUUUCGUGCAUCUACCUUCCACCCUUUCCUGCAGUGUCCUCCUCUCCCUGUGGAAACAAACAGUCAGCUGAUCACCCUCACUCCCACAAAUACCACCACAACCCUUGUAGGAAGCACUACCAACAGCUUGAGCCGACCUGAAUUCCACUGGUCUAACAACAGCCUCCGCAUCUGCCACUCCACACAAACCCCCCCUCCUGCCUACGAAACCAUCAUAAAAGCUUUCCCAGACUCCUGAGCUAGGUCCCUGAAGCAAACAUGCAUGUGCAUUUUAUGAGGAAUCUCAAUCAUCUCAACAAUUUUCUGUGCAUGAAGAUCUCUGAGGAGUCUCCAGCUGCCAUUGUGGAGGGAACAUAUAUUGCCCAGAGGCGGGUAGCGGCGAUUUCUUAGUGCGCAAUAUCCCACUGUCCAAGGGAAACUUGUCUUUGCACUGCCGGCUCUAAUUUACUGAUCUGUCAUAUGCUUCCAUAUUUAUAGUGUUGUAUCUUUAACUGUAACCAGUGUUUAUUUUAGAUGAAAGAAAAUGGUGCCACAAGAGGGAUCAUUUCCUGAAGAAACAAGUCCUCUUAGGGAUUACUGAUAUGCACGUUUCUGCAAAUUUCAUUAUUCUGUUUCUUUAAAUCAAGCAAUCAAACAAAAAAAUUCUGGUUCUAUGUGUUUUCUCAAGGGUGUUAAAUUUUCAGAGAACACCUCCCAUUACUCACCUUCUUCCUAUAACCAUGGAAGAGCUUCUGUCUGAGGAACCGUAGGCACAGAACUUGCAAUGCCACAGUCCCAGCUGUGGUAGUAGGCAUCCUGUUCUGCUGAUUGUAGAGGAUCUUAAAAGACUCCAUAUUAAGGUAGCUUGUAUAAAAUUCCCCACAGUGUGGGGAAAAUGUUGAAGGACAUAAAGCUUCAUGCAAAGAGAACUUUUUAAUAGCUUACAAAAUUCAUGGUAACAUUUACAAAGAAUUUGUGUCUUAGGCCAUCAGAACAGGUGGACACAUUUUAAUAGCUGGUAAGGUUUGUAUGGGAGCAGAACUCCUUGUGUUUCAUUUUUCUAGUUCUGGUUAUCCAGAUAGGGAGCAUGAAUGACAACUAUUUUUUUUAAUUAAGUUUCCCGUUUUGCUAUGGGAUUACUCAUUUCCUUAUUUCAAACUGUUUUUCUCAAAUUGCACGGUUUAAUUAUUCUUGGCAAAUAAAUCUUUGAAAUCUUUCACUAAAGCAAGAUUUUAGACAUCUACAGCUGAAUACUGGGAUUGUACAGUUAGCUGGAAUAUGAAGAUAAAGAUGGAAUAUUUAAUUGAGGCUAACAUAUAUUCUUGAUUCUCAUGCUUGCAUCAUGUCAGGAUAACCCCUGGCUUAGUAGAGACUAAUUGCACUGAUGUGAAAAAAGUCCAGGAUUUGAAAAUGGCACAGACAAAUCAGGCCUGAUUCAAGUCUCACUGUGUCACUUUCCUGUUAUAUAUUUCAUGUUCAAAUAAAGAAUUUCUACAGGUAGAUAAGCAAUCCUACUCCUCACAAUAAGCCUGCUCUUGCUAAAAGGGCUGGGAAACUAUAGUUCAGGACUCCUGAUUCUUAGGGGGCUGCUCCUGUGCUUCUGUACAAGUCCUUAUCUGUCUUUGGGGGUGGACAAGGAUUCAGCAGCUUUUGAGAACACACAAAAUGCUUAGCAUCUUACUUUCCAGACUUUUGGAGACUGGCAGCCAGGCAUCCCUUUGCUGAGCUCAGCAUCACUUAGAAAGUACUGGUAUUGUUCUCUGAAUCUUCCAGCCCAUUAUCACCCCACUUGCAAAUAUUGCUGCAAACACUGAGCUUACAAGUGUUACUGCAAACCACAAGUAUUCCUUAAUGUAAAGGCAAAUUAUUUUGCAUGUAUUUACUGAAUGGCUUUCAUUGUUUUAUUUUUAGUGUGCAAAAUUUUCCCUUCUGAGGAGAUAUAUGUUUUACUAGAAAAACAACCAUUUACAGUUUACAGAACAUUUCACUGCAGACACUAUGAGUUUUAGUACACUGAGGACUUACUGAUAAAAGACUGCAAAUCUGCAUUUGGCUCAUUGUAGAAAAACGACAGUCCUCUGGAGAAAGAAAGUUGUGUUAUUUCAUUCAUCAAUAAUAAUUCUUUUCCUUUAGAGUCUUACUGAGGCUGGUGAACAUUACUGCAUGCACAAGUGUGUUCACAGUGUUCUAGCUCUAGAGUAGGUUAUGCCACCUAUUUUAGCACGCCUGCAAAAGACAGAAUUCCUUGGCCUACAGUGUGUGCCCAGCUGGCCAAAACUUCUUGUUCUUUGAAAGUGAAAUCAUUUUACAGUAGAACAUUCCACAGCAUGUUAUUAUUUGUAUUAUACUAUAUUUAGUAUAUAAUGUAGAAAGGGAAGCUUAAAUGUGCUGUAUUUUUUUCCUCUUGAAAUAUGUACUGGAUAUCAAAGCAUAUUUUUUAUGCUCCCGGCAUUAGGGAGAUUAAAACCACAGAUUGUUUGGUGCAUAACCAGCAUGACUGUCAGAUACAUAACUACUAGUUUAAACUAUGCCUGAAAUUAAUGUUUUGCAAGCACUGUGGAAGCUUCAGAAUGUGAAAUAAAUGUUAUCAUCUCAAGCUCAUGCCCUUCCUUAAGGCUUGUGUUGAUUUCAUAGGAGAUUCUUUAAAGGAAAGGAUAUAAUCUUUAAUUAUUCAAGCUAAUGUAGCUGGAAGUGUGAAUGAGGACUUGGUCCUGCCUCUGCUUAUGCGGGGGGAAACCCCAAACCUGAAGACAUUACAUGAAGUUGAAUUUGGAAUUUGCCGUAUGAGAACAAUUCCCAAGGAUUACAAGUGAGAGUAUCUCCCAAAAAUAACAGUGCUUACAGAUUUUUAAAUCCACUGGUUUCCAAGUACUUAGACUUCAAUUCGUAAAUUGUUUGAGCAAAGGCUUAUUUAAAGCAAAUGAGCAAUCACUAUAAGGUUCAUGCUUAAAUGGACUCAUAUACAUUUUAUUACAUUAAGACCAAAGCACGUUGCACACACAACCCUAAAACCAAACUGUGGGAUUUGGGAAUCAUUGGGUAUUUGAUAUGCAAAAGAUUAUACUUGCUCAUUGUAAUGGUCUUUUCUAGCGUUUUGUUUCAAUUUAAAACACUGGAAAGAAGAAAUGAAUUUAAAAUAAAAUUAUUGCUACA